AUGUUCUUGGGGCACUUAUAUCGCUUGCUUGACCAGAUUCAAUUUCUUGAGAAGGGGGCGGCCGGAACCAUGGCUGUGGAGACUUUUGUAAACUCCAGUUUUUUGCAGAUCUUUUUAUGGGAACGCUUCAAAGGGAUAGAGGUAUCUCCACUCCCUUAUUCAAAGGCUGAGUCACUGGUUGCUUCGGACGAGAAUUCCUACGUGCCGGGUAGUCUUCCUCUGAUCUGUAGAUGGUUCCGUCGCAUGCAACGGAAGGGCCAAAACUUUUUAGAGCUGCUGGACGAUGUUGAGCAAUUUAUUUUCCGUCCCUAUUGUGCCUCAUCAGAGGGCUUUAGAAGUAUGCCCUUCUAUGCUGAUUCUGCUGCUUUAAUGGAGGCCCUGGCCAUGCCAACACAAGGUUGUCGGUUACGCAGAGAGGCAUUGUUGAGUGCCGCAUGCCUCCCUCUGCCCACAUUCGGUGAUGACCACUUGGAGACUUCUGUGCAUUAUUCCCCCUUACCGGUUAGACGACAGCUUGGGUUUGACCAAGGUGUGCCCUCUCGUCCCAACCAUGGAGAUUCCUUGAGCUUGCACAGGGUUUUCUGGACUGGUGACAGCGUGCCGGGAGACGGCAGGCCUCUCGCCCUUGCUCUGGCCAGCCGGAAGCGCGUUGGUGGUCUCUCAAAGGCCUACCAAAAUUAUUGGAACCGCUGCUUUGCCUCGUUCAGCCGAUUCCAUGCUGCCCAUUGUGAUAGCUUGAUUCCCACCGUCAUUCAUCAUGCCCGUUUAGUGUCGGAAGAGAAAGCCAUUUCCCUGAGCGAGAAGCAAAAUCUGCCCUUUAUCUCCAAGAGUGGAGAAAUUGUUGGUGAUUUUUCGAAGCUAAAGCGGAAGUUGGAAAAGUCGGGUUCUCAUAGUGCCGGGAAGAGUGUUGCACAUGGGAAACGGAAGCGUGAGGAAAGCUGCAGCGCCGAGAAAAGGCAAGCUGUAAAAGAACCGAAAAGGUUCAUCCCCAAGGUAGCGGCAGGUGGUCCUCCCAGCUCAAGAAAGGUUGCCUUGCCCGAGUCCUUACAGCAGCAGCCUACAGCUUCCGGCAGCAGCGAGCGAGCAGCUCUAAAAGCUUCAUCUCCUCACAGUACUUCCCAAAGUAAAGGCAAGGGUAAGGGGUUUUCCGUGACCCCGAAACGUCGAAGCAUGCGUAUUCUUGAAACGCGGUUUGCUAAUACCCGAAAGAAUAAAGGUGAAGACUCGGGACCCAAAGUAGUGGUGACGGUUGAUGAUAACAGUGAUGAUGAUAGUGAUGACGAUGGCACUGCGGGAACUGAGGCUAACAUUCAUGAGCAAGAGAGCGCUCGCGAUACGAGUGGCAUGGAUGAGGACUUUGAUGAAGGCCAAUACGAUAGUCACGACGAAGACACCUAUCCGGCUUUCGGCACUAGCUUGGGGGAGUUUGAUGACUCAGAUACGACUCCUGCUUUGACUGGCGAUCAUGGACAGCGUGUCGAUAUUGAACUGGUCGUGCCCGCCAUUGAAGGCACGAUAGGUGCUUCAUCGGAGGCUGAUUUUGCCCUUCCCACUACUGUCGCUGAAGUUGUCCUGAGCCUUCCGGCAGUGCAACCUCCUCCUUCUCCUGACCCAUGUACCUCUGACAUGGCUGCUGACGCCUCUCCACUACUUCCAACAGUUCCUCCUCCUAUUUCUCCAAUUCCGAACGCACCUGCCGUAGCUUCCGGCACCGCUCUACUUCUUCCAGCAGCACAUCCCCUUACUCCCCCGAUCUCGAGCACACCUGACAUAACUUCCGGCACCGCUCCACCUCUUCCAGCAGCACAUCUCUGUGCCAAGAUGAUUGACAAUAGUCAUAAGAAUGGUGAUGCUUUUAUCGCAGGUUCCUCAAAAGGGCGUUCAUUCGAGAAAGGCAUGUCUUGGCAAGAUUGGGAGAAUUCCUACAUGGCAUUCAAAGCCUUCUUUGAUGGUGGCGUCACCAUUCUUAGAUCCAUUGAUGAACUUCUUCCGCUUUGCCACAGAUUUGAUGGUUAUGCAACAUUCCAAGGCGCCCUUGUGUAUCCAGAGACGGUUGGAGCCUUGAAAAAGUUCAUGGACAAAUACGGGAGUUUGCUGGAAGCUACAGAUGUCACCUCUUCUUUCUCAAGGUGUACUGCCCUUCGAGCGCUUGGCUUAGUACUUCAUGGGAUGGACACCAUGCAACUCCUUGAUAUUACAGAUCAUAAACUGCUCUGUUGGCGAGAUGCAAUAUGCGAGGCCAUGAUUCUGGGCUUUCCUGUGGAAUUUCUUCUUAAACUCGUGAAGAGCUUAGCACGUGCCGUCUUUGGAGCACGGGCCAUUCAUAGUACGCAAUUAUCGCAUGAUUCCGAUGAAGUAAAAGCUGCUGCAGACGCCUUGAAUAUUAAACAGCAAGAGUUGGAAAACCAGCGCCGGGAGAUGCAUGCCCUUCUUCUUGCUAAGGGAGUUUCUGUUGACAGCGCUGAGUGCGUGACGGAGGCAGCAGCCAGAUUAUCUCCUGGGGCUUCCUUUGUUCUUUUCGGACAUUCCCCAUAG